CUUUCUUGACAAGGUGGUUUGGCCCGUCCCGCUUCCCGUACGCUGAAUAAAGCGAGGAGGGAGGGAAGAACGCAAAGCAGCCCUCAUGAAGGAGGAACAUGCAGGUGUUGUUGGCUGGCGGGGGCGCGCGCCUUCUCCUCCUCGCGAUCGCGCGCCUCUCCUUCUGCUUGGGCUGGGGCUGUGGCGCGUGCCCCUGCGACGACUGCGCGCUCUGCGACCCCAUCUCGGCCACGAGGGAUUUUGAGGUCUUUGUAUUUGAUGUUGGUGGGAAGACCUGGAAAUUCUAUGACUGGUCACAGAUUACAACGGUGGCAACUUUUGGAAAAUAUGAUCCUGACCUCAUGUGUUAUGCUCAUUCCAAAGGAGCCAGGGUAGUUUUAAAGGGUGACAUAUCUAUGAAGGAAAUUGUUUCUCCAGCAGUCCGAGCUGCCUGGAUAAAACAAAAGACAGACCUUGCCAAAAAGCAGCAUAUGGAUGGGAUCAACAUAGACAUUGAACAGAAGGUGAUAAGAAACUCACCUGAAUACUAUGCAUUAACGACUUUGGUUAGGGAAACAACAGAAGCUUUUCACAAAGAGAUUCCAGGGUCACAGGUAACUUUUGAUGUAUCCUGGUCCCCAACAUGUAUAACCUACAACAGGUGCUACAACUACUCUGGGAUUGCUGAUUUUUGUGACUUUAUGUUUGUAAUGUCUUAUGAUGAAGCGAGUCAAGGAUGGUCAAAAUGCAUAGCAAGCGCCAAUGCUCCUUAUAAGCAGACUAUAUCUGGAUAUGACAAUUACAUUCACAUGGGCAUCAGUCCAAAGAAGCUUGUGAUGGGUGUUCCAUGGUAUGGCUAUGAUUAUACGUGUCUAGGCUUAUCUAAGGCUCAUGUUUGCUCCUUGGCAAAAAUCCCUUUUCAAUUGCUUCCAUGCAGUGAGGCAAAUAGACAUCAAGUCACAUAUAGAAUAAUAAUGAAUUGGAAAAAUAAUUCUCUUUCUGGGAUCCUGUGGGAUGAAAAACAGAACUCUCCCUAUUUGGAAUACAAGGAUUCAAAUGGUACUUUUCAUCAAGUUUGGUUUGAUGAUCCCAGGAGCAUUUCUCAGAAAGCAGCCUAUGUUAAAGAACGUGGUUUAAGGGGUAUUGGUAUGUGGCAUGCAAACUGUCUUGAUUACUCCAGAAGCUCUGCGGCACAAGAACAAACAAAAGCAAUGUGGGAGGCCUUGAAAUCAAAGCAAGCUAUUAGAAAGUAGAUUUAAGAGUCCAGACAGGCAUACAUGACUUCUUGUCUUAUUGGGAAGAGAGUUGAAAUGUAUAAUAUCAUUUUUUCAUUGCUGUGAUGUCACUUAAAAUGAUAUACCAUAUACUCCUAUUAUGCUAUUAUUCUAAUUGAGUCUGUUAUUUAUUUUUCUAUAAUAAAGCAACCUGUUUGUUAUCUUAAAAUCUAUGAAAGAAAAAUAAUAUGGUAACAGAAGUGACAAAUAAACAUGUUACAAGUACAGUUGUAACUUAUCAGUGAAUUUAGAGUAUGCAUUUAAGUGUGGGGUGCUACUCUGAAAGUAAAAUGCAAUAUUAAAUUGCACCUGUGAAAACCAUUCACAAUUUCUUACAUAUAGCCAAAAGCAGUGAAAGCACUGUUAUUUUUACAGGAAGAGAAUUAAGAUUGAAUUUAUUUGUGGUUUCCUUCACCUAAUACAAACUACACAAUUCAGUACACUAACUGCUGCUAACAAUGUUCUUGCACCCAUUUCAUCAUCUGCAUUGAAAUUUUAGGCCAUUUUCCAAAACGCCAAGCCACCUAAUUAAACAGUUGCACACAACUCGAUGGAAGUGUUGCUAAAAUCUACAAAACCUUGUAGGAACCAUCUCCUUGAGCCCAUUCUGGGUAUUGUAAUGUAUGUUCAAGACAUUUCCAAUGUGUGGUGAUUCUAAAGUAAGCCUAUGUUAGAGUUUUCUUAGCAUGGCUUAUUCAGCAAUUUGCCUUUGCCUUCUUCUGAGGCUGAGAAAGUAUGAUUUGUCCACAGCCAUUCAGUGGAUCUCCAUGAUUGAGAGUGGAUUAGAACACUGCUCUUCAAAGUCAUAGUCCAAUGCUCAAACCACUAAACCACACUUUCAUCAUUCUGCACAUGGUUUCCUGUAAAAAUUGGCAUUUCUUGCCAUUUGUCAGAAUACAUCUGUAUUCCUUGAAAGGGGUUCCAAUAAUUAGUUUAUGUGGAAUUUGUCUGGCUUGCUGCAUCACUCUCACAUAUGUAGUGCUCUGCAAGUAGGAAAUUUGGUGGGCAUGGCUACAUGAAAAGUUGGUAUUCCUGGCCAUUUUCCACAAUAUGUUUUGUCUUGAAUGAGUAUGAGAAGGUGCCUUCUGUGGACUUCUUUUGUAGUUUCUUGCAGCAUUUCCAUCUGCUCUUGUACAACCUGAGAAUUGAAUGGGCAUGGUCUGUGCAGAUAGUGGUAUCCAUGCCAUUUUAUUCUGGUCAGGACCGUUUUUGGGCAUUGAGAGUUAAUAAAAAAUAAUAUUCAAAAUGA